UGGCCUUAGAAUAUGUCAUGCGAAAAAUAUAUCCAAAAAUCAAACCAGACAUAACUACUCGAGGAGCAAAAGUAGACGCAGUAGCACAAUCCACAUUAGAAAUUAAGGAUGUCUUCUUGAGCUUUGAAGAAGCUGCAUUAGACAUCGGUCUAAAAAUAAAUGAAGACAAAACAAAAUACAUGGUUGUCUCAAAACAAGAACGACGGCGAAUAAGGCAAAACAUUACCAUAAAUGAUCACAACUUCGAAGUGGUUAAAGAAUUUAAAUAUCUAGGAGCAACAAUCACAAAUGACAACAAAUUAGAGCGAGAAGUUGAAACGAGAAAAAUGUCAGGAAAUAGUUCUUUCUUUGCAAUGCAACAUAUGAUGAAGUCGAUACUUUUUUCACCAGGUGCAAAGAUCCGAAUAUAUAAGACCAUAAUACGACCAACAGUCGCGUAUGGAAGCGAAAUAUGGGCGAUAACAAAAAGAGAAGUAAAUAAAUUGCUGGUAUGGGAACGUAAAAUUCUUCGAAUGAUAUAUGGCCCUUGCAGAGACAGCGUGACAAACGAAUGGAAGGGUAGAUACAAUAACGAGCUAGAGUCUCUAUUCGGAAAAAAAAUUUAGUCAGAUAUAUAAAGGCCAAUAGACUCAGAUGGGCAGGACAUGUGAUACGAAGUAACGACAAUCGCCUUAUAAACAAUGUGUUCUGGGAAAGGCCAGAUGGAAGAAGGUCUGUAGGGCGGCCUAGAAAAAGGUGGAGAGAUGCAGUCAGAGAAGAUCUAGAGAAGAUGGGAGUGUGACAAUGGGAAUUACUGGCACAGGACCGACAAACAUGAAAGGCAAUAG